CUGAGACAUCAUGUAUUUAUAUUCCGUUUACAUAACAAGUGGACGCUUUGGUAUCGAGCCUUCUGCGCUGGGAGUAUUAUAACACACGAGAGAGUACUUACGUCAGCGCAUUGUUUCCUUACCAAUAAAAAGAGGAGAAAACUUAAUUUUGACCAUAUAAGAAUCGUGGCAGGCAUUCUACACGUCCAAGAGCAACAGCCAAUGUUCGAUGACGUCCAGCAAUGGCGGAUGAUUGCCCACCUCUACUCGCAAAGGCUAUAUAGGUUCCCAGCAUAUGACUUGGCGAUUGUGAAAGUAGAUAAGUCAUGGAUAUUCAACCAAUUUGUCAACAAAAUACCAUACGCUACAUUGGAUCAAGAUUUCGAUGGCGUAUGUGUAGGUACUGCGGUGAAAACUACAAAGAGUUGGUCAAGGGACCGAUACCUAUACGCAGCCAACUUCCACUUGACUAGUAGAAGAAAUUGUGAACGGCAAUUACUUAGAAGUUGCCUAUUAUAUUAUUGCACGGAUUAUGAUGUCUCGAUGUCUUCAUCUACGGAAAUAGAAGGCGGUGGUCUAAUAUGCCACGGCACCGGCGAUCCAGCAGAAGACGAUAACCUCGGGCUCUUAGUUGGAGUAUUAUCGCUCAUUAACAUAGACCUUCCUUCUUUGCAUAACCGUGUUGGCCCGUUUCACGCUUGGAUAACUGAUGAUAGUUCUAAAACAAAUAUUAAUCUUCAGUUGCUUUUUUCUUGUAUCGCCCUACUUGGUAUUACGUUUUAAGGAGUAUGUACUUCUAGAAGAGGCUGUGGUGUAUCUAUAUCUAUUUAGGACCCUAUAAAAUAACAACAAACUCGUAUUCUGCAACAUUAGUCGCCAACUGACAUUCAGUGUCUAUUGUCCCUUGUAG